GAUGAGGACGUGAUGAGGACGGGAUGAGGACGGACGGCUCUGUCAGUGGAGGUGGAGAGGAGGACACUAAACGAACUGUUAUCCGUCAUGGAUCAGCCUGAACUCCUUCUCCACCAGGAGACUCAGACGAAGGUGCAGGAAUCUGCCUCCAGCUUCUAUUCCAGACUGAGUUGAUGUUAUUUGGUGGAGGAGCAGAUUUAAAUCGGCUGAUUUUCGGGCGGACUUCUGAACGUGUUUGAAGAUGUUCUGGACGGAGCGGAGGGUCAAACCGAGGAAAGCUGCAGAUAUGCGGACAGGUGAACGAGGUUCGGUUGAGUCGAUGGAUCCAUCGGAGCCUGGAGGGCUGCACCUGAGCGGGACGUCCGAGGUCUCUCUGCACGACCGGUUCUCGCGGGUCCUGCAGGACCAGCUGACCUGGUCCAGGAAGGUGACCUCUGACCCCGUCCUGCACCAGAGGACAUGUGAUCGGGUUGGACCUGCUGGACGUCUUCAGUGGACACGCGAUGGACCGUCCUCCAGCGUCUGGAUGCGCCUGGGCUGGAGGACGGUGUCUCGCCGUCGCUCGUCCUCGGGACCUCGAGGCUUCUGGAGCUUCAGGAACAAGUACCGGUGGAGAGCGAGGGGACGACCAGGACGGCAGCGUCUUCAGAGGACACCUCUCCGGAGACGGACAGCAGGAUGGAGGCUGGAGGGCGGGGCCACAGCCUCGAGGGGGUGUGGCCGUAACAAAGACAAGGCACCAACGAAGAAGCAGCUGGACGCACAGCUGGACAAAUACAUGUCCCUGUCCAAGAGCAGACUGGACAGAGAGCUGGACAGAUACAUGUCCAUGUCCAGGAGACAUCUGGACGCACAGCUGGACGACUACAUGGCGAUGGCUGGACAGUCUCAGCUGGACUGGGACAGCGAGACACUGGGACUCUGAGACAUUAAGGGCUUGUUUUUCUGUUUCCAGCCUCAGGUUCAGCAGCUGAUUGGUUGUGAUUGUUUUUUGUUGGUUUGAGUUUCCUGUGUUUACUUCACUGACCUCUCUGAGAGUAGGAACUCUAAUGUUCGUGUUUGGUUCAAUAAAUGUUCUCCAGGUUUCUCGUGA